UCACACAGUCACUGACACUGAGAGGAGAAAUGGCACAGAAAGGAGUUCAGCUGGACCGAGAAACCUUCUCUUGUUCCAUCUGUUUGGAUCUACUGAAGGAUCCGGUGACUACAGCCUGUGGACACAGCUACUGCAGGAACUGUAUUGAAACCCACUUUGAUGAAGAGGACAGGAAGGGAAUCCACAGCUGCCCUCAGUGCAGGAAGACUUUCACACCGAGGCCUGUCCUGGAGAAAAACAUCAUGUUAGCAGGUUUAGUGGAGCAGCUGAAGAAGACUGGACUCCAAGCUGCUCCAGCUGAUCACUGCUAUGCUGGACCUGAAGAUGUGGCCUGUGAUGUCUGCACUGGGAGGAAGCUGAAAGCCAUCAAGUCCUGUUUAUCUUGUCCAGCCUCUUACUGUGAGAAACACCUCCAACCUCACUAUGAUGCAGCUCCAUUAAAGAAACACAAGCUGGUGGCCCCCUCCAAGAAGCUCCAGGAGAACAUCUGCUCUCGUCAUGAUGAGGUGAUGAAGAUUUUCUGUCGUACUGAUCAGCAGAGUAUCUGUUAUCUCUGCUUGAUGGAUGAACAUAAAGGCCAUGAAACAGUCCCAGCUGCAGCAGAAAGGACUGAGAAGCAGAAGGAGCUCGAGGUGAGACGACUAAACAUCCAGCAGAGAAUCCAGGAGCGAGAGAAAGAUGUGAAGCUGCUUCAACAGGAGGUGGAGGCCAUCAAUGGCUCUGCUGAUAAAGCAGUGGAGGACAGUGAGAAGAUGUUCACUGAGCUGAUCCGUCUCAUCCAGAAAAGAAGCUCUGAUGUGAAGCAGCAGGUCAGAUCCCAGCAGGAAACUGAAGUGAGUCGAGUCAAAGAGCUUCAGGAGAAGCUGGAGCAGGAGAUCGCUGAGCUGAAGAGGAAAGACGGCGAGCUGGAGCAGCUCUCACACACAGAGGAUCACAACCAGUUUCUACACAACUACCCCUCACUGUCAGCACUCAGUGAGUCUACACACUCAUCCAGCAUCAAUAUUCGUCCUCUGAGCUACUUUGAGGAUGUGACAGCAGCUGUGUCAGAGACCAGAGAUAAACUACAGGACAUUCUGAGAGAGGAAUGGACAAACAUCUCACUGACAGUCACUGAAGUGGAUGUUUUACUGUCACCACCAGAGCCAAAGACCAGAGCUGAAUUCUUAAAAUGUUCAUGUGAAAUCACACUGGAUCCAAACACAGCAAACACACAUCUGUUAUUAUCUGAGGGGAACAGAAAAGUAACAAAAAUGAAACAACAACAGUCUUAUUCUGAUCAUCCAGACAGAUUCACUGAUUGGUGUUAUCAGGUCCUGAGUAGAGAGAGUCUGACUGGAUGUUGUUACUGGGAGGUGGAGUGGAGAGGGGGAGGAGUUGGUCUAGGAGUCACAUACAAGAAUAUCAGCAGAGCAGGGAGCCUCGAUGAAUGUGGAUUUGGAUACAAUGACAAAUCUUGGACAUUAUAUUGUAAUACAAACAGUUUUCAAUUUUUACACAAUGAUGUUAAAACUGUCCUCUCAGGUCCUCGGUCCUCCAGAGUAGGAGUGUACCUGGAUCACAGAGCAGGUAUUCUGUCUUUCUACAGUGUCUCUGAAACCAUGACUCUCCUCCACAGAGUCCAGACCACAUUCACUCAGCCGCUCUAUGCUGGACUUUGGCUUUGGGAUGAUGGGGCCACUGCAGAGUUGAUUAAAGUCAAAUAA